AUGGGGCUUAAAUGGGUAGCUGGGAGGAAGCACUACAUCAAAGAUGAUACCUUAACUCUGAGACAAUUAAGAAGUCGGCCCAUUGUGAAGAAUGCCAGCAAACGAUGCAGUGCUGAUAUCCAAGCAAACAAGGGCAAUCCAAGGACCACAGAUCCUGCGGGAAUAUUUGAACUGGUGCAGGUUGUUGGAAAUGGGACAUAUGGACAAGUCUAUAAGGGUCGGCAUGUUAAGACUGGGCAGCUAGCAGCAAUCAAAGUGAUGAAUGUUACUGAGAAUGAAGAGGAAGAAAUCAAGCUGGAGAUAAAUAUGCUAAAAAAGUACUCCCAUCACCGGAAUAUUGCUACGUAUUAUGGUGCUUUUGUAAAGAAAAGUCCUGCAGGCCAAGAUGAUCAGCUCUGGCUGGUGAUGGAGUACUGUGGUGCAGGCUCUGUCACUGACCUGGUAAAGAAGACAAAAGGGAACUGUUUCAAGGAAGACUGGAUUGCGUACAUCUGCAGAGAGGUUCUCAGGGGCUUGGCACAUCUUCAUGCUCACCAUGUCAUCCAUCGAGACAUUAAGGGACAGAAUGUUCUUCUGACAGAAAAUGCAGAAGUAAAAUUGGUGGAUUUUGGUGUAAGUGCUCAGCUGGACAGGACUAUUGGGAGAAGAAACACAUUCAUUGGCACACCGUAUUGGAUGGCACCCGAGGUCAUUGCUUGUGAGGAGAACCCAGACUCUACAUACGAUUACAGA